AUGGCUACUCUAAUUUACUCUCUUCUGCUCUCUUCAAUUUACUUCACAUUAUCCAGCUAUGCCUCCUCCGAUAACGGCGGCUUCACCCUCGAUCUGCUCCACCGAGAUCCUCCCUCCGGCGAAGCCCGAUUCCGCAGCAUCAGGAGCGCAAUCGACCGCUCCUUCUCCCGCAAAUCCUUCCUCCUCUCCAAGCUCUCCAAAGGCAUCGACUCCGUCGAUGCUACGAUCACUGGUGCUGGAGGCGAAUACGUGAUGAAGUUCCUGAUCGGAACUCCGCCGGUGGAGCAGCUCGGGAUCGCCGACACCGGCAGCGAUCUCCUCUGGACGCAGUGCCUCCCGUGCACGCAGUGCUACAAGCAGGACUCUCCGUUGUUCAAUCCUUCCAAAUCGAGAUCCUACCGCCCGAUCUCCUGCCAAUCCAGCCUGUGCCAGGCCGCCGGCAGCGCGUCAUGUGACGACGGCAACCACUGCCAGUACCAGGUCUCGUACGGGGACAGGUCGCACACCGCCGGAGACGUCGGAACCGAAACCCUAAGUUUUGGCGGGAAAAUCAGUUUCCCCAAAGUCGCUUUCGGAUGCGGCCACGACAACGACGGAACGUUCAGCCAGACGGGAUCUGGCAUCGUCGGCCUCGGCGGCGGAUCCGUCUCCAUAGUCAACCAACUCCGCUCCACCACCGGCGGCAGAUUCUCCUACUGCCUGACGCUGCUCAACGCCAACGCCUCCAGCAAAAUCAGCUUCGGCAGCGACGCGGUUGUUUCCGGAUCUGACGUCGUUUCCACUCCGCUGGUGAAGAAAUCUCCGGAUACUUACUACUAUUUAACGCUGGAAGGAAUCAGCGUCGGAGAAAAGAGAACUGAAAUUGGCUCUUCCAAAGCCGGAUUUGGGGGAUCGGUCGAGGAAGGUAACAUCAUCAUCGAUUCGGGGACGAUGUUGACAUUCGUGCCGCAGGAGAUCUACGAUGGAGUAUUGGCAGCUCUAGCGGAGGCGAUCAGCGCGGAGAAGGCUACCGAUCUACAGGGGACUUUCGGUUUGUGCUACCGAGUCUCGGUAGGGCAAGGCAUCGAUUCGCCUCCUGUGACGGUGCAUUUCACGGGGGCGGAUUUGGUGGUGGAGGCGGUGAGCUUGUUUGUGGAGGUGGAGGAAGGGUUGAGUUGUUUGACGCUGGUGGCGUCGCAGGAUUUGUCUAUAUUUGGGAAUCUGUUUCAGAUGAAUUAUCACAUUGGGUAUGAUUUGGUUAAGGGUGAAGUUAGCUUCCAGAAAACUGAUUGCGCGACGGAGCAGGAGUGAGCUUUAUGGGGGUUUUAUAACGACGUUAUAAAAAAAAUAAGCUGGUUUAAUUAUUGCAUUUAAUUUUCUUUUUAUGUUUUU